UCUCCUUGAACCUAGAAGAUUAUGGGUCAAGAGCUGUGUACAAAGACUCUCCAGCCUGGAUGCAGCUGCCAUCGCUGUUGGGAGGGAGGCGAUGCACACAGCUGUCAGAGGACUGCGCCUGUGCCGGCGGAGGCUGCGAUCGAGCUAACAGACCUAAAAGAAGCAUCAUGUUCCAUGACUUCAUUUCACCCCAGGGGACUUCAGGCGGUCCGUGCCCGGAAGUACAAGAGUAAAAGGCCACGGAGUAACAGUGAUUCUUUUCAGGAAGAGGAUCUGAGGCAGGGUUUUCAGUGGAGGAAGAACCUCCCUUUUGGGACAGCCUCAUCUUACUUGAACUUGGAGAAACUGGGUGAAGGUUCUUAUGCCACAGUUUACAAGGGGAUUAGCAGGAUAAAUGGACAACUAGUGGCUCUAAAAGUCAUUAGCAUGAAUGAAGAGGAAGGAGUCCCAUUUACAGCUAUUCGGGAAGCUUCUCUCCUGAAGGGUUUGAAACAUGCCAAUAUUGUGCUCCUGCACGACAUAAUCCAUACCAAAGAGACACUGACAUUUGUUUUUGAAUACAUGCACACAGACCUGGCCCAGUACAUGUCUCAGCACCCAGGAGGGCUUCAUCCUCACAAUGUCAGGCUUUUCAUGUUUCAACUUUUGCGGGGCCUGGCAUACAUCCACCACCAACACGUUCUUCACAGGGACCUGAAACCUCAGAACUUACUCAUCAGUCACCUGGGAGAGCUCAAACUGGCUGAUUUUGGUCUUGCUCGGGCAAAGUCUAUUCCCAGCCAGACAUACUCUUCAGAAGUUGUGACCCUCUGGUACCGCCCUCCUGAUGCCUUGCUGGGAGCCACUGAAUAUUCCUCUGAACUGGACAUAUGGGGUGCAGGCUGCAUCUUUAUUGAAAUGUUCCAGGGCCAACCUUUGUUUCCUGGGGUUUCCAACAUCCUUGAACAACUGGAGAAGAUCUGGGAGGUGUUAGGAGUCCCUACAGAGGAUACCUGGCCUGGAGUUUCCAAGCUACCUAACUACAAUCCAGAAUGGUUCUCACUUCCUAAGCCUCAAAGUCUUCAGAACAUCUGGAACAGGUUGGGCAGGGUUCCUGAAGCUGAAGAUCUGGCUUCCCAAAUGCUGAAAGGCUUUCCUAGAGACCGAGUUUCCGCCCAGGAAGCACUGGUUCAUGACUAUUUCAGUGCUCUGCCUUCUCAGCUGCACCAGCUUCCUGAUGAGGAGUCUUUGUUUACAGUUUCAGGAGUGAGGCUAAAGCCAGAAAUGUGUGACCUUUUGGUCUCCUACCGGAAAGGUCACCUCCCAACCCAGUUUAGCAAAUGCUGGUGAAAGAGAGGGCGACAUCACCAAUAUCCUU